AUGAGCUAGAGCUGCCAUGAAAUUGUUGCAUUUGAAAGACACAAAACUAACCUGAUUAAAUUAGCUAGAAAAUGAGUUUUUCUGUUACUCGCACCUUUCAUAAACAACAUGAAGGAAAUACAGGUUUUAGACAACAGCGUGUGCACGACUACCUGUAUGACCCCGUGUACACAGUGUCUGGAGAAAUCGACCAUGCAAGGGCGAGUUUCAAGGCACAUGCAUCUGUGGAUCGUGUGAGAAGAGUUCCAGAAUUUGGGUCAAUGUUCAGCCACCUACCGCACUACCCACGCUAUGCACUGUGUCUGGACACUACUGACCCCGUGCCUGCCUUUAUCGACCGCCGCUGGAGAGGGCACACAGAGCGACGCAAGGAGACACUGCAGCAGCUGGCUGGAACCCUCCCAGGUGGUCAUCUCCAUGCCAGGGGGACUGAGCAUGGCAGUGUAACGGGUGCUGAACGUUGGAAGUUCUUUAAACGCCCCCUGAUUCCGUUCUCCCAGCAAGUCCCAGCAGAUGUGGUGUUUGCCCUACCAAAAGCUAAAUCCUACUCAACUGAGGAGAAGGGUACUGAGAGGCCGCUCACACCAGUCCAGCGCACGGUGGGGGUGCAGACUGACUACAGGGACAGUGAGGCCCAGACGGACCCCUAUACUCCAGAGUAUGUGGUACGACCUGGAACUGCCCCCCCAGAGCUGCUGACUCUGGCCACACUGACCUGGGGUCGGGGUCUGCCGGCGGGCUUGGCCGAGGUGGAGAUGAUCGAGCGGGCACGGGCCAAGAGGGCCUGGGAGGCCACGCUGCCCCCCCUGAACGACCUGAGCCAGCUGGACAAGAGGAGGAGGAUGAUGGACCAGAUGGAGAGGAAGGAGUGGGCCUUCAGGGAGGACGAGAUACAGAAGCUGCAGGAGGCACGUCUGGCCCUGCUGAUGGAGCUCCUGCAGCAGAGGGAGGAAUCGCAGGAGGAGACCAAGGUGCAGAGGCUGGACCUGAAGUACUCCCAGCUCCAGGCGGACAAGCAAGCGCGCCUACAGAAGAUACACAACAACUACGUCCUGUCGUUAAGGAAGCUGACUGCAAAGAGGAGGAAUGUGGAGGGGAAGCUGGAGUGCCGUGACAUCAUCAGGGACUACACAGACUACUCGUCCCAGACAUACGCACCUCUGUCACGUAUGGGCCUGUUUCUUGACCGUCCCUCCCAAUCCCACGUGGUCAGGAGCCGCUACCAUGACACCUACGAAGGUCUGGUGGAGCUGGAGGCAGGACUUCCUGCGUCUGUGAUGGAGCCAAGAGUGAAAGCUCCCAAACCCAAAACCAGCAAGGGCUUUCUAAAAUGCUCGGCACGCAGAGAGAUGGAGUUAAUGAAGACACACCAGGCUCUGAAGGAAAAGAAGGAAAGGGUGGAGGAGAAGAAGCCUCUUCGUUUUCUCUUCAAGAGAGAGAAGCCUGCACCCAGACCAGAGACCCCAGUGGUGGAUGAGCCCCCUCAUGGGGAUGAGGAGAGAGAGCUGGCCGUCAUCUUCCUGCAGAAACUGCUGAGGGGGAGAAGCAUUCAGAACCAGAUGUUUGAGGGGAAGGAGAAGCGUCUGGAGCUGAUUCAGGAGCUGAGGACGACUCACGCCCUGCAGAGAGAGGAACAGGAGCUGCAGAAAGCAGACAUGCAGCUCACGCUAGCCCUGCAGAGGCAGAGGGACGCGCACACACACACGGCGUCCGCGGUGGAGGGUUACCAAGCCGGCGUUGCGGGGGCGGAACUAGUGGACAUGCUGGACUUCCUCUCAAAAGAGCUGAUUCGCCUGCAAGAGGAGCGCAGGAUCCACGCCUUCACGCUAUUAGCUGAGAGGGACCGCCGCCUCCGUGAAGCUGAGGAAAGUGGGCGGAGACAGGUGGAGGAGCGCAGACGACGGGAGGAGGACGAGAUAUUCAGACAGGUGGUAAGGGUACAUCAGGAGACGGUGGACCUGUACCUGGAAGACAUUAUCCUGGGGACCCUGGAGCAGACGGCUGACGAGCAGGCCAGGGAGGAGAUCCGCAGGCAGGCCCAGGAGGUCAACAACAUUGCCCAUGCUCUGGAGGACAUCAGAAGCAAUCUCCAGUCAGAGGAGAUAGUAGCAGAGCUGGUGUACAGCUUCCUUAUCCCUGAAGUCCAAAAGACGAGCGUUAUGGAUCGAGUGCGUCAGAGCCAGCGUAGACACCUGCAGGCAGCCCACCAAAUCAUCCACGGAGCCUCCGACAGUUCCGGAGCCCCUCUUGGCCCACUGGGAACCCCACGACCCUCCUCCCCCUCGGACCGAGCUUCCAGACGUCUCCUGGAGGAGAUGCUCUGCCAGGUUCAGCAGCAUGAGGAACAGGAGAGAGGAGCCAACAGAGAGGAGAAAUAGGAGGGAA